GCGCCCAGCCCGGCCCGGCCCCGCCAGCCGCCCCCCAUGGAGGAGCAGCCCCACCACCACCAUCACCACCACCACUAUUACUACUACGGGCACCACCACCACCACCCGCAGAGCGCCUACCUGCCGCCGCCCGACGGCCGAGCCCAGCCUAAGCCGCCGCUCCGCCACGAGCACAAGCACGGCGGCCCGCAGCACACGGAGGCGCCGAAGCGGAGACCAGGCUACGGAGAGCUGAAUGGUAACGCAGGAGAACGAGAAGUGUCCCUGAAGGGCCUGUGCUCUGAUGAAGCCACCGCCCCAGGAUCCAGGGUACCCAAUGGCAGCCAGCAGCUCGUAGAUUCUAAUGCCACCCCAAAGCAAACUGUGAAGGCCGGUGCUUUGGGGAAAGCUGGAAUCAAAACCAAGAACUUCAUUCAGAAAAAUAGCAUGGACAAAAAGAAUGAGAAGUCCUACGAAAACAAACACAGAGAAAACCAGUCCUCAGACAAGCCAGAGGGAGUGUCUAUUCCAAACGGCGUGGUGACCAACAAUUCCAGCUACAUCACAAAUGGCUACGUAGGCAAAGGGGCCGACAACGAUGGCAGCGGCUCCGAGAGUGGAUAUACCACACCUAAAAAACGGAAAGGCAGGCGCAACAGUGCCAAGGGUUGUGAGAACUUGAAUCUAGUGCAGGACAAAAUAAUGCAGCAGGAGGUCAGCGCACCAACCUUGAAACAGGAACUUGAGAGUUUCAAGCCUGAUUAUAGUGAACAAAAGGGGAACCGAAUUGAAAAUACUAAGCCUGUUUGGAAAUAUGAGGCUGGGGCUGGUGGAGCAGGCAGGGGAAAGCCUGGGCUCGGGGAUGUACCACGGAAAAACUCUGAUGCCAAACCUGGGAUUAGCAGCAAGAAGUUUGAUGACCGGCCCAAAGGGAAGCACGCAUCGUCGGCUACAUCUAAAGAGGACUCAUGGACCUUAUUUAAACCACCCCCAGUUUUUCCAGUGGACAAUAGCAGUGCUAAAAUUGUUCCCAAAAUUAGUUAUGCAAGUAAAGUUAAAGAAAACCUCAACAAAGCAGCUCAAACCCCAUCCACGUCAUCCUCAUCGUCUUCAUCAUCUGCUGGGGAAACUCAGGCCCAAACAUCAAGUCGACUGUCCCAAGUCCCCAUGUCUGCUAUGAAAUCUGUCACCUCUGCCAGCUUCUCCAACGGGCCAAUCCUUGCUGGGACUGAUGGAAGUGUGUAUUCCCCAGGGGCCCAGCCACUGCUCUCCACUGCUGCUAGUACUGUACCAUCGACCUCCUCCUCCUCUGAGUCUGUACCCCAGGACAUGAGUACAACUUCGACAGCCCUCGAACAAAAGAAAUCUGGCCUUUUUAUCUACCCUUCAAAUAUGCAAACUGUGCUCCUGGGGACAGCGCAAGUCGAUUUCCCUUCGCAGACGAAUCAGCAGAACCUGGGGGAUAUCUUCCAGAAUCAGUGGGGCUUGUCUUUCAUAAACGAGCCCAGUGCUGGACCUGAAACCGUUGUGGGGAAAUCUGCGGAUAAUCAGUUAAUGGAAGUGACAUUUCAAGGGGAAUAUCCUGCCACUUUGGUUUCACAGUGUCCUGAAAUCAUUCCCUCAGGAACUGAACAACCUGUGUUUCCUAAGGCUUAUGAGCUGGAUAAACGGACUAGCCCUCAAAUUCUUAGUGCUGUUCUUAAGCCUGGGACUGCUGUUGAGGGUGGUGUCUUAGCUUUGGAGUCGCAUCACACAGGUGACCUACAAAAGGCAGACACCGGUAGCCAAGGUGCUUUAGUGUUUCUUUCAAAAGACUAUGAAGUAGAGAAUCCUCUGGCCUCUCCUACGAACAAUUUGCUAGCCUCCGCCAAAGAACAGAGGUACCAGAGAGGCCUAGAAAGGAAAGAUAGCUGGGGUUCUUUUGACCUGAGGGCUGCUAUUCUAUAUCACACUAAAGAAAUGGAAGCGGUUUGGAAUUUGCAGAAGCAAGAUCCCAAAAGGAUAAUCACUUAUGAUGAAGCCAUGGAUCGCCCGGAUCAAUGAAGGUAGCAAGACAAGACUGCCUGUUAUAACCUUUCUGCAGCAUUUGUGCUGUUCGUGGGGGACAAAAAGGCUUUUAUGCUCCUUCUAAAUCUUCAGUGCAGCAGAGGAACCAUAACUAGAAUCACAGGAUAAUAUAUACAAAUAUAUAUAUAGUUAUUUAAAAAUGGCAACUGAAAGUAAUUAGACUUCUUAAGGAAUCUGAAAAUUUAUUUCAACGAGACUACACACGUGAUUAUUUAAUCUCCGGUACUGAAUAGAUUUUUUUUUUUUCCAUUUUUGUUUUGUUUUGUUUUUGUUUAAAGAGUGAAUGCAAGUGAUUAAGGAAUACAGACUCAAUUACAAGCCCGGUUUCAAAGUUCCUGCUGUCGUCUACAUGGGCAACAGCAACCCACUGGAGAGGCAUUUCCACUUGACAAGGUUUCUGUUUCUUGUUCUGUGACUGUAGUGACACACUAAUCACAGGGAAAUCAGGAUGAAUCACCAUCCUUCAUCUCCUCUUUCCCUUCCACCUCCCCUGUUUGGUUUCUUUUUUUUUUUUUUUCUUCUGAUUUGUUUUCCAUUGAAUGCUGGAGAAACGCCUUGAAGUUUGCAGAGUUCUUUUUUAUUUUUUUCCAGAGAAUUAUAAUCCGCAUGUUUUGCCAGGAGUUAAGCAGCAAUCCUAUGCUGGUGAUAUUGUCUUAAAAGGAUCAUUCUGCUGAGGGAAAGAUGGUAAAUACUGCAGUUCUAGGAUGCAUGGUGAAGUCACACAGUUGACCUGGCUCCUGUUACACGUUGGACUAUUGCAACUGAAGAGUUAUUUCAUUUUAAAAGACAACAUGGAAAAAUAAGCAAUCUGUUUAGGCAUUUAAUAUGGAGGGGAAAAAAAAAACAAAAACAAAAAAACCUUACUGUUCCCACAGUUUAAUGCCAUUGUAUUACUGGGAGCAAGAAAAAAAAAAAAAAGACAAAAAAAACUAUCUUCUGCUUUCAACUGUAGGUGCUUCAUAUUUGCUCUGUCUGUCUCCUAACACUAAAUGUGCUGGAUUUUUUUCCCAUUUUCAUUGGAAAACUGAAGAGGAAUUGAGUUCUGCUAACUUUCACCCUUCCUGAAUUAUUUUUUCUCUUAAAAAAAAAUUCAAAAUAACAAAAAAAUGAAAAAAGUUUAAAAAAAAAAGAAAAAAAUGGGAAUUUGAAUCCUUUUCAAUUUGUCCAUAGAAGGCCAAUGGCUGGGCUUCCUGCCCCUUGGAAAUGCUCUUUUAUAUUUUAAUGCAGUCUGUGUAUUUCCGGGCUCUGCUUCUAAUUAUCUCUUAAUAAAAAUAUAUUUUAUUACAAAAAAAAAUAAAAAAAAAGGAGGACUUAGGAAUGAAAAUAAUAAUUUAAAAAAAGUAAAAAAAAAAAUAAUCCCAGGGAAAGGAAAGCUUCCUAGCAGUGGUAGGGAAGGCUGAGCAGAGUGCAGGCUCCAGCUGUGUAACCCCUCUGUCCCAUUGCAGCUUGUGUAAUGUGUCCCAAUCAUCUGGGGGUCGGGUAGUUUUUCUGGGUUUUUUUAAAAGGUGGAAAGUUCACAGGGUCCAGUGCAAGAGUGAGAAAUGAUUAAAGCAGAAAUGGGUUUGUUGGCCAGCCCCAGCUCCCCAGGUACCCAGUGCUCAUCGUGGGUGUUGGUGGCCUAAUCCUGGCUUUUCAAAUCAGCAGCAGUCGGUGUCUCCUAAAAUGAGACUGGACCCUCUGGGGCAUUAGGAGGAAAAGAUAAACCCAAAAUUUUGGAAUGUCCUUUGUGCUUAGAUGUGUCCAUCAAGACAUGGGGCUGCUGUCCGGUCACCAGAGGGUCCCACAGGGCUCCAUCCUCAGACCAUUUCUCUCCAACAUCUCCUUAACAAUCUGGGUUCAGGACUCAGAGAGAUACUAAUUCUGCUGACACACCAAACUGUGAGGAACUAUUGACACCCUCAAGGGCAGAGAGCCCUCAACAAAUUUAGAGAUGGGCAAUCACCAACUGUCUGAAGUUUACAAGGGUGAGUGUCAGAUUCUGCACCUGGGAUGGCAGCCCUGGAUGCACUGGGAGGCUGGAGAGCAGCACCAUGGAAAGGGAGCUGGGGCUCCUGGUCCAUGGCCCAUUGGAUCUGAGUCAGCAGUGCCCUGGCAGUCAGGGGGCUCAACAAUGUCCUGGGGGGCACCAGGCCCAGCAGGACCUGUCCUGCUCUGCUCUGGCCUCACCUCGAGCUCUUGGGGCAGUUCUGGGCACCACAACAUUAAAAAGACCCUUAUUAGAGAGCAUCCCAAGGAGGCCAUGAGGAUGGGGAAGGGUCUGGAGGGGAAGCCUUAUGAGAUCACUUGGUUUGUUCAGCUGGAGAAGAGGAGACUGAGGGGAGAACACCCUCCCAAGGGGCAGCAGGGAGGCAGGAACCAAUCUCUUCACUCUCAUGACCAGUGACAGGGCGUAGCCUGAAGCUGAGUCAGAGGAGGGUUAGGUUGGAUAGCAGGAAGAAGUUCUUCACCCAGAGGGUGGUUGAGCACUGGAACAGGCUCCCCAAGGAAGUGGUCACAGCACCAAAGUCGUCUGAGUUCAAGAAGAGUUUGGACAAUGCUUUCAGGCACAGGGUGGGAUUCUUGGGGUGUCCUGCAUAGGGCCAGCAGUUGGACUCGAUCCUGAUGGGUCUCUUCCAACUCAGAAUGUUCUAUGAUUCUAUCGCUUUCUUUUUUUUUUUUUUUUUCUUUUUUUUUUCUUUAGUAGGAGUAUGUAGCAUGUGGUUUUUUUUAAUUGUUUUUGUACUUUUAAUAAGAUUGUUCCUGAGUGAGACACUUGAGUUCAUGGUGGGACAAUGAAACUGAAAUUCUGUACCUUGUGUAAGACGCUCGCUUUCUGCCACGCUUAAACAUUUGACUAUGGAUUGCCUACUCCAUUUGAUGUAUCCAGAGCUAUAUAGUAUAAUACUGAAUGUGAUACUAUAUAGUCAUCAUGUAUUGUAUCAGUCCAGGUUCAGAAAUGUGUGGUUGGCCAGUCGCAAAUAGUUCUGUUUCACCUAUAAACUUGUACCACCUCUGCAGGUGUGUGUAACUUUGAGAUGCAUAACAUGUUUACAGAUGUGCCCAACAUCUAGUCCUCCAACGUUCCUAUUUUUAAUUCUGUUGAGUCUCCCAACUGCUUGCCAAAAGUUGGAAUUGCCUCCAGCUCCCCUGCUGAAGAGCUGGGGCAUUCCUGAGCUUUAAAGUGUUGAACAAACUGGAUAUUGGGGCUGGGAAAAUGAAGGUGGAAGAAAUGUUCUUUUUCCUUUUUUAUUAUUAUUAUUAUUAUUUUCAAAAAGUUGAAGGCUAAUAGCAAAGUUUCCAGUUUGUUUUACUGGCUUUAAGGCUCUGCUGUGUAUUUAUUUGCCUUGUGUAGUCACUUGUCGCCUUAAGGGCUGGGUUCCAUUAAAAAAAAAAAAGAAAAAAAAAUACAAAACCACCCUGUUUUGCUUCCCUGGGGUCUGUGCUGUCCUGUACCCCUGCCCCAGGUCUGUGCUUGGGGCAGUGCAGGAGUUGAGCAGCACUAACCCUGCACCUCUAGAAAGGUCUGAGUCUUGCUGAAUAUUUGAGGACUCUCAUCUUGGCCUAGUCCAGUCUGUCACCUGAAUAGUGAAAGAAAUGCUGAGAGAAGCUCGGUUCAGCGAUGGGUUGGGCUGGAUUCCCCCUGAUGCUCAUCUCUGUGGCUUUGCCUCGCCAGCGGGACCCAUCCAGAAACACCCUCAGCAGCACCUUCUCUGCUGUAUUUCUGCCCAUCCUCUGUUGAGAUGUCUGUCUGUCUGUCUGUCUCCAUGAGCUCCACGGCGUGUGCUCAGCGCUAAGCAGUUAGGAAUUCCUCUCUCUGAGCUCCUGUAGCUCCAGCUCCCUGGUGUUUCUGGGAUAGACAAUUGCCUAGAGCCAGGCAGGACCAUGGAAGGAAGUUCCUCGUGCUGUCGUGUAACUCACCCUGUCGCUGUCUGCAGUCCUCCCCAAGUCCUCACACAAUUCUUAACUGAGCACUUAUUAAAAAUAUCUUAAGAUUUAAUCUGUUUUCUGAUUAUUUUUGUGUAAACUUAUAAAAAAAAAAACAAAAAAGAAAAAAAAAACAAACUGAAAUUGAGCUGUGACUAAUUUAGCACAUUGAAAUAACGAUAAGGUGUUACUGCUAAGUCUCAUGUUUUGUUUUGUUUUGUUUGACUCAGAGUAUUAGUACUGUAGCAUAAACCAAAUACAGCCUGGGAAGGGGAGCAGCAGCCUCCUGUCCUGGGUGUGCACCCGAGGGUGUCUGUGGGGGCGAGGAGCCGGCGGUGCGUGCGCGAGCAGCUGACCUGUGAGGAAGGAGAGCGAGCGUGUAUUUAUUUGUGCCAUUGUUUGCAUUACACUGAGCAAAGAAAGUUUUAAAUCAAAACCCCUUCAGUAUGUCUAGUAUUGGAAAGCAGCACUAAGGGUGAGAUCAUGACCUAUUUUUUUAUUAGCUAUGAAGAUACUAAUUCAGGUUAAGGCUUCUCUCUUGUUUCUGUUCCAGUUGUGAGUCCCUUUCCUCUGGUUCCCUUUCUAAGCUGGUUUUUUUUUUGGAGUGAGGAUUCCUGCACAGGCAGGGGCUGUCUCCUUUUUCCUCUGGUCAUUCCCCACCUCUCCUCCUCUGCCAGCAGGUUCCUUUGGGUGUGUCUUGUACAGGGUCUUGCGUAAUAGAGACUGGAGCGUGUAGUGCCAGCCAGAUCCAGCUUGGGAUCUGCUUGCUUUUGGUGGAUCAUGGAGUGUUCAUGUGCUCCAAGAGGUGCUUUUGCAACUGCUCCAUGACAGUGGUUUGGGGCCUUCAGUCUCUGCUCUCUCCCACUCCACCCAUUUGGUGGAUUGGCAAAGCAAUGGCUUUCAAGCUUUGCUUGGAGUUUGGUUUUAGUUUAAACCCACCUCAAUCCUCUGUGAAACCUGGUAGAAAUCUCCUGUCUCUUUGACCAGUGGGUACCUCCAGGGCAUGGAUUCUGUCACUAACCCACUUCAAACCUUUCUGAGCUAGUAAAUCCCACUUUUUGCCUUUCAUAGCUGCUGUGGACUUCUUUGAAAUGUGGAAAGAAACCCAAUUCUCACUAGGUUGUGAGUCCAGCGCCUGACAGUGGGUG